CCCUGAUUGUCUGUCUAUUCAGUUGUUGAGAACACACUCCAAAAUCAAGAAGCACCUAAGGGCAGCAGAGAUUAUAAGUAGAGCAAAAAUGGUGAAUUUCUGGGGCAUCCUUGUAGUAUUUGCUGUCUGUGCAGCUUUUCAGCUGGCAGAGUCGCAAACUCAAAAUGAUUACCGUCCUAAUUUAGAGGACACUUCGGUUUCUUAUCCAGAGGAAACGCAAGACGGCACCCCAAGCGCAACAACACCGAAGAUACGUUUGAGCUUAAGUGAAAGGCGUGAAGCAUUAAAGCAAUUUUCCAAUAAUCUGAGGAAUGAGUAUGACAAAAAUUACGUGAGUAAAACACGUGACGUCUUCAAAAAACUUAUCCUUGAACUUGAAGCGUUAACCGAGAAGAGUGACGAUGUUGAAGAGAUACUAACUGAUCUAAAAGCUACUGUAACAAAAUUGGAAGCUUUUGACAUUGAAUCCGAUGACUUAAAAAAAGCUUCCCAUAUUAUCAGUGAUCUGUGGGAUAAGCUUCGUGAGCCUGUAAAUAAGCCACUAGAAGUGGUUGCCGCACUCAGAAAAGUUGGUUGGAUAGAUGUGGAUAACGAGCUGUUCGCUCAAAAGGUUGCAAUUACCGAUAAAUUUGUCAUAGCAUUCAAUCAGUUUGUGGCUACACUAACGCCGUGGGAGCGACUGAAGGAGGCCCGCUUAAUCGAUCUGAACAAAUGGUUUAACAACGACAGAUGGGAUUUGUUUUCUUGGAUAUAGUUCGAGUAAUUUACAAUUUACAAGCUAACAUGAUACGAACUUAUAUACCAAGAUGUAUCUUAUGCUAUACUUAAUAAUAUUAUAUGCUGACUAACCUCUAUAAAAUUUCUCAUACAAUUUUUUAUAUAUAUCACUUUAAUAAAAUCUUUGAACUUUAACUUUGCAACAAAUUAA